AUGAUUCACAUUCCGCCGCCGCCGGCACCGCAUUGUGCGCCGCCCCUGCCGGCGAAUUCAGCAGAAUCGUUUCGCUCAGCGGCUGCUGCAGCCCCCAGUGGGGGUGCUGGCGCCGCACCAGCGGCUGACGCUGCUGGCCCUCCCGCGGCCACUGCCACUGGCAGUGCUGGUUGGAUGGUGAAAUUUGAGCCCCAGUCAGACGCCAACGGGAAGACCAUUGAGGACGCGGCGCCGCAAUGUCACGCCGCCGCGGCAUUGCAGCAGCAGCAGACACCUCAAGCAGAUGCAUUUAAAUGGAAGAAGACGUCGCACAAGCGAAUAGCGGGUCAGCCUGUGAAGAGGCUCUACUUUGUUUGCUCAUCCAAAUACGUCACGGGCUGCCCGGCAAAAAAAGUUGAGGAUCGAGUGGCCGGCGAGGCUCGUCACCCGUGCCGCCCAAAGCUGAAAGGCGCCGUCGCAAAAGCUGCAGCCAUUUCAAAAGCUGCAGCCACUGCGAGAGCUCCUGCUACAGCCAGUGCCACAUUAUCUACAGUUCCUAGCAAUCCCACGGCUACAGCCAAAGUAGCUGUGGCUGUAGCAGGACGGGCAGAAGAAGACGACACAGGGUCGGACAAGACGGAGAUGCGUGUGGUGGUGCGGGUGGCAUAUUUUGGCGCACACAACCACCCGCCGCCGCCCGCUCCAGUAGCUCCCAAGGCUCAUGCCGUCACCUGCCUUCCCAUGUCAGCGUCCCUCUCUGCUGAUACAGCCUUUCCUUCUGCUACAGCCUUAGCCUCUGCUACAGCAUUAGUGCCUACGACCCCUUUUGCCCCUGCUACAACCUUCACCUCUGCUACAACCUUUCCUUCUGCUACAGCCUUUGCCUCCACUACAGCCUCUGCCCUGGCUACAACCUUUACGACUCCUACAACCUUUUCUUCUGCUACAACCUUUUCUUCUGCUACAACCUUUUCUUCUGCUACAACCUUUUCUUCUGCUACAACCUUUUCUUCUGCUACAACCCUUUCUUCUGCUACAACCUUAUCUGCUGCUGCAGCUUUCUCCUCUGAUACAGCCUGCACUCUCAGUACAAGCACCCUCCUUGCAACGACCGGCCUGUCAGGUACCCCCAACGCAGCAGCAGAGCAGACAGCCCUCAGAUCAGCCCACACUCCUUCUCCGCCCUCCCUCUCCACACACCUCCCGUCAUCAACCCAUAAUCCUUUCUCGCCUUCCCUCUCGACGCUUGGACAGUCAAUCCCUGCAAACACUUACGCCAACGCAGCCGCAGAGCAGACAUCCCGCAGAUCAACCCAUACUCCUCCUCCCUCCCUCACUGCACCACAACUCCCCACAACUCAUCAUCCUUACUUGCCUUCCCCUUCGGCACAUGCUCAAGCAUCUUCCGCAGGUCUUUUUUCGGCCAAUGCUGUAAGCUUCCCGUUCAGCCGCCCCCCACAGGCACUGUUAAGCCAGGUGGUGCAAUCGCAUGAAGCUCCCGCUGCUACAUCAGAUGCGUUUGUCCCUGGGUCUCUUGCUCCUCCUGCUGCUAGGCCUCUUGCUUCUCCUGCCACAAGGCCUCUUGCUCCUUCUAUGAGGUCUCUUGCUCCUGCUACAGUUCCCGCUCCUGCGCAAAUGUAUCCUGCUCCUGCUAUGCUGCUUCCUGUUUCUGCUACAGUUUCUUCUCCUGCUAUAACGCCCUCUGCUUCUACCACAGUGCCUCCUGUUCCUGCUACGGCUCGCUCAGCAGCAGUCAAGCCUCCUUCCCCUCGCUCCAUCACCCCCCUCCUCUCCCUCCUCUCCCCACACGUUUCUCCACCACUCGUCCACCUUUUCUUCCUCCUCUCCCGCCUUUGCAUUCGUCAGGCAUCACCAGCAGCAACAUCAGGUAUUUUUCCAUGGCCCAUAUGCCAGCGAGAGCUGUACCUGCAGCAGAGGCAGUAG